AGAUAGAAAAGAGAGAGGAGAAAAUCAGAAGCGAGAGAGCAACAAAGGCAAAGGCUGCAAAGCGCAAAAACUUUUCUUCAGCUUAAAGCUUAAGAGAGAGAAAGAGAGAGGUCCAGAGAAUGACUUCUUCUUCUUCUUCUUCUUCUUUAUCUCUCUGCCUCUUCUUCCCACUUCCUUCUUCCCCUUCUCUUAGAUACAUUAACAUUUCCAAUUCUUUCUUCUCCCCAAACCCUAAUUUCCCACUUUUCACUUCUUCUUCUAGGCGCCGCCCUUCUCUCAAUACAUCUCUGUGGAUUCAAGGGCAUAUAAGAGGAGAUAAAGAUGGAGAUAGUAGCAUGCCUCGAAAGAAGCAUACAACACAGAUGUUUGGAUUUGGGUCUAAUGAUGAGACAGGCACUCAACUUCCAACCCAAGCCCAAUCGAUUGUGGAAGGAUCGGGAUCAGUUAUGGUGUCUGAGUUCAAACCAGUUCCUGAUGUUGAUUAUCUACAGGAGUUAUUGGCCAUUCAACAACAAGGUCCUAGAGCCAUUGGUUUCUUUGGAACACGAAAUAUGGGUUUCUUGCAUCAAGAACUCAUUGAAAUUCUUAGCUAUGCAAUGGUUAUAACGAAGAACCACAUCUACACUUCAGGAGCAUCUGGAACCAAUGCAGCAGUUAUCAGAGGUGCACUGAGGGCUGAGAAACCAGAACUGCUUACUGUCAUUUUGCCACAAAGUUUGAAAAAACAACCUCCUGAAAGCCAGGAAUUAUUAUCCAAAGUUAAGAAUGUGAUAGAGAAGCCCCACAACGAUCAUCUAUCUUUAAUAGAAGCUAGCAGGUUAUGUAAUAUGGACAUCAUUUCGCAUGUACAGCAAGUCAUUUGCUUUGCAUUUCAUGAUAGUAGGUUGCUCAUGGAAACAUGUCAAGAGGCAAAAAAUCUCCGGAAAAUUGUUACGCUUUUUUAUCUCGACUAAGAACUAGGUCGAAAUUCUGUAAAUACAUUAUUAUUUACCAGAGAUUAUUUACAUAUUUUGGCUAAUUUUGAUUGUAAAGCUGUUAUCCUUGAUCCUGCCUGCUGGUGCUCAGAGUUUCCCAAUUAUUGUGACGGUGGAAAAGAGGCCAAUUUGCCUUUCCAGAGUUUUAUGUUAGAUAGUUUUUGUUUUUAUUUUAUUAUUAUUUUUAAGGACAAAAGGGACAACCCUUCCUUUUGAAUAUGCUGUUCUAAUUGGAUUUUAGGAUUCACAUCUGAAUUCUGCUACAGUUCUUCAA